GGGACUCGUGGGGUCCCGGCUUCCCGGGGGCGCAAGGGGCUCCCGCCUCCCCUUGCCCCGUCCCCCGCUUGCUGCGCCGUCGCCCUGUCCAGCCUGCAGACGGGUCUCUAAGCGCCCAGGAGUGUGUGCGGAGCCGGCUGCGUUGUGCCCUGGGGCAUCUGCCGGUGGAGCGCAGGGCCGGUGUGCGAGGAGGGCCGGGCUGCGGCUGCCUGGUUGACAGAGGAGCCUGGGCCUGAGAAGGGAGGCGGCUUGUCCAGGGCGACGGGGUCCGUGGGUGGGCUUGCUCUCGGGCCUGAGCUCCUGGGCGCGCGUGCUGGCCGCCCUGUUACUGUUACACAGAAUAAGUUUCUUAAAUGAUCCUUACAGCAGCACAUUUAAGUUCUUGUGAAUAAUUUUGAAACAUCGUGCCUGAGUCCACCUCUUUGCCGAGAGCACCUUGUCCUGAUCUAAGUAGUUAAAGGAGGUAGUAAGAAAAUAGGUGAAUGUAAGAGGCUAUCUUGUUUUAUCUUGUAUUUAAUGGUAGAGGAUCAUUUCAGUAUGAUUUAGUGUUUGUUCACUAGUGAGACAGAUGCAUAUUCACUCAGUUGCCACAUGGUCAGGUGGGAGCUGCAGAGUGGUAGAUGCCCCCUCAUUCUUCCAGUCACUUCUGAAGGUUUUAAGGUGUGCUCCUACUUUCACUGUUCUCUGUGUUUUUCCAAGAGCAGUAGAAAAUGAAUAAAUCUGUGGGGCCAGUGUCAUUCAAGGAUGUAGCUGUGGACUUCACCCAGGAAGAGUGGCAGCAGCUGGACCCUGAGCAGAAAACCACCUACCGGGAUGUGAUGCUGGAGAACUACAACCACCUUGUCUCAGUGGGCUGUCACAUUAUCAAACCGGAAGUUAUCAUCAAGUUGGAGCAAGGAGAAGAGCCAUGGAUAGUAGGAGGAGAAUUCCUACCACAGAGUUACCCAGAAGUCUGGAAAGCCGAUGAUCUGGUAGAAAGAGUCCAGGAAAAUGAAGGGAAAUAUUCAAAGCAAGCUGUAUCCUUCAACAGCAAAACCCUGAUUGAAGAGAGAGGUAAUGUUCUUGGUAAGACUUUUAAUGUGGAAACGAACCCCAUUCCUUCAAGAAAAAUGUCCUAUAAAUGUGACUCGUGUGAAAAGAGUUUGAAAUCUGUUUCUGAAUAUAUUAGUAGUGAUGGCAGCUAUGCAAGCAUAAAGCCUGAUGAAUGUAGUGCAUGUGGGAAACCACUUCCCCAUGUUAAACUUGAGAAAACUCAUCCAGGAGAUGAAUCUUAUGAAUUUAAUCAAAAUGGGGAAGCUUAUAGUCUAAAUGAAGAAAGUAUUUAUCAGAACAUUCAUAUUUUGGAGAAACCCUUUGAAUAUAUUGAAUGCCAGAAAGCCUUUCAAAAGGAUACAGUUUUUGUUAAUCACAUGGAGGAGAAGCCCUAUAAAUGGAAUGAAUCUGAAAUAGCCUUUCUGCAAAUGUCCAACCUCAGCGCACACCAGAGGUCUCAUAUGGAAUUGAAGCCCUUUGAAUGCAGUGCAUGUGGGAAAUCCUUCUGUAAAAAGUCAAAGUUUAUCAUACAUCAGAGGACUCACACAGGAGAGAAACCUUAUGAAUGUAAUCAGUGUGGGAAAUCCUUCUGCCAGAAGGGGACCCUCACUGUCCAUCAGCGCACACACACAGGGGAGAAACCCUAUGAAUGUAACGAAUGUGGGAAAACCUUCUACCAGAAGUUACACCUCAUUCAACAUCAGAGAACUCACUCAGGAGAGAAGCCCUAUGAAUGUAGUUACUGUGGAAAAUCCUUUUGUCAGAAGACGCACCUCACACAACACCAGAGAACACAUUCAGGAGAGAGACCCUAUGUUUGUCAUGACUGUGGAAAAACCUUCUCCCAGAAGUCCGCACUUAAUGACCAUCAGAAAAUUCACACAGGUGUGAAGCUCUACAAGUGUAACGAAUGUGGGAAGUGCUUCUGCCGCAAGUCUACUCUCACCACACAUCAGAGGACACACACCGGAGAGAAGCCCUACGAAUGUAAUGAGUGUGGGAAAUUCUUCUCGCGGUUAUCCUAUCUCACUGUACACUACAGGACUCAUUCAGGAGAGAAGCCCUACGAAUGUAAUGAGUGUGGGAAAACCUUCUACCUGAAUUCAGCCCUCAUGAGACACCAGCGAGUGCACACCGGAGAGAAACCAUACGAAUGUACCGAGUGUGGAAAGCUCUUCUCUCAGCUGUCGUACCUCACUAUACACCACAGAACUCAUUCAGGAGUGAAACCCUACGAAUGUAAUGAGUGUGGGAAGACCUUUUACCAGAACUCAGCCCUUUGCAGACAUCGGAGAAUACAUAAAGGAGAAAAGCCCUACGAAUGUUAUAUAUGUGGGAAGUUCUUCUCUCAGAUGUCGUACCUCACCAUACACCAUCGAAUUCAUUCAGGAGAGAAACCCUAUGAAUGUAAUGAGUGUGGGAAAACCUUCUGCCAGAAUUCAGCCCUUAACAGACAUCAGAGGACACACACAGGAGAGAAAGCUUAUGAGUGUUACGAAUGUGGGAAGUUCUUCUCUCAGAUGUCCUAUCUCACCAUCCACCAUCGGAUCCAUUCGGGAGAGAAGCCCUUUGAAUGUAAUGAAUGUGGAAAAGCCUUCUCUCGGAUGUCAUACCUCACUGUACACUAUAGGACUCAUUCAGGAGAGAAGCCCUACGAAUGUAACGAGUGUGGGAAAAAAUUCUAUCACAAAUCAGCCUUCAAUAGCCAUCAGCGGAUUCACAGGAGAGGGAAUGUGAAUGUACUGGAUGUGGGGAGGCUUCUCUGAAGUCAGAGAACCUUUCCAUGUGGUGAGUGGGCAACUCCUGCUGACCCACAUCAGAGCUUACACGGGUGAUCUGCACAAGCCUUUGUGUUAGACUUGAAGCCUGAAAGUUCACAGGGUAGAAACCCCAACUGUACCAAGACCACAGGACUUGUUGGAUAACAAACUAUACAGGAGUAAAAAUUUAUAUGUAUUUAGAAUGUGUAUGCACUUCACCGUGGACUCAAACUGUUUUACAUAUCAGGGAAUUCAUGCCAAGGGAAAAAUCUCUCCAUUUUAAGGAAGGUGGAAAAUGUACUCCUUUGGAAAUUACAAAAUGUUAUGCUUCUGAUGUAGUACUAAGCUUCUUGAAAACAAAAAUACAGAAGAUAAAGAUACUUAUGUAAAUAGAAGCUGUAAAACCACCUGAUAGUAAUCAAGACCACAGCAUAGCAACCUUACACUCACAUGGGAGUGCUUCCUGGGAAUGUAGGACUUAACAUUUUUGAGGGGUCUUCAGUUUCUUUGCUUGCUUUUUAGGAUGCUACAUGAAAUGUAUGUUCAGUUUGAAUCAUGUUUGAAAAGUCAUUGUAUCCUUAUUAGAAUAAUUUGUAAUACAUGGUAAGGUAACCCAUUUUAAAUAGCUCUACCAUGUUAGGAUCCUGAUAUUCACUGCCCCUGAACUAACAUCUGAUAGUAUAAAGUAUGCUGCUUCUUGUACUCUCGCCUGGAGUUCAUAAAUGUCUUUGAUUGUUGUUAAUGAACUAAGUCUUCUGUGAAGAAGCCAAUGUCUUUAGAACAUGUUCAGCUGUAUCUGAGUCAGCAAGAGUUAGAAAUCUAUGCAUAUGGUAGAAAAGCGCAUAGAUAAUUUUAAGAUGUUACUGCCAGAUAUUUCCAGUAGUCUAAGAAGCACCUAUAGUAUUUACUGUACUCUAUCAGUUAUAUUUACUUAAAAUAUUUAAGUACUUAAAAUAUUUCCAUUUGUAUCAGGUUUUUUUUUCUCCAUCUGUUGUUUUAUUUGGAUGCUUACAUUAAGUGUGCAGAGCACACAUACUAUGUAACUUAGGAAUUAUCUGUAUUUUUUUUUAUAACGAUAGUGUUUUUAAAAAUUGUGCUCUAUUCCUAUGUAAAUGAAUGAAGAACUCUUCAUAUGGGUUUUUGGCAGACACUGUUGAGUGAUCCUGGUUACUCACUCUUUAUUGUUUGCUGGCGGAGUUUGGGUGUCCAUUUCUCCUCAUGGAAUGGGGGGAAAUCCUGACAGGUUUCAGUUAAUAAUGAUAAUCCUUUUUCAUUGCCAGCAAUUGGUUUAGAAUGGUCACAGGACCCAGUUCUAUGCAGAUAAAGGAGAUAGCUGACAGGUUAUUUCUGAAAGGUUCAAAUAAUGAAUCCUGCAGAGUUAAGCAGAGUCUUCUGUUGAACAUUGCCUUCAUUGCAUGUGAUGCCUGGCUGUGUCUUUCAACAAUGAAUUAUAAUUUAAACAUGGCAGAGCAGAAAGACUGGGAGGACUGGGACCUGAAUGAUGUUGAGCCGCUGAACCAGCUGUGGCUCCUCUGUGGCUCCUCUGCUUCUGGACUGUCGCUUCUGUAGGAGAUGAAAUUUACCUUGGAGCAGGUUGAUUUAGGUUGCUCUGUUAGCAGAUAGCUGAAGAUACAAAGUUAUACCUUUGUAGGAAUUAUGCAAUUGAGAAGUGGACUUUAGGUAAAUCAUUUAUUUAGAAGUACUGAUAGAGAGGUUGAUCUAAUUUUCUGUAAAUUUUGAUGUAAAUAGUCGGGGCACUACCAGUCAACUUGAAACAAUUAAAUGUGUAUGUUUCCUUGAAUGGUUACAUCAUUGACCUAAGAAUAUUUAGAACCUGAUAACAAUGCCAGAUAUACCUUCCUUUUUACAAUGCAUGACAUAAAUUUUGUUUAGGUUAAUUUCUUUUAUUCAUGGAUCAUUUUUCCACUGUUAAUUCAUAAUAUAUGGUGUGGAGGUAAGGACGUUUGCUUUCCAGUGAUUAGCCCCAUAGCCUAUAUUUGAAUAAUUGACACCUGCCCACUGAGAUGAAAUGCCGUAUUUUUCAUGUAUUCUGAUCAUUUGUGGCACCAGUUUUUGUUGCUCAGCACUUUCCCUCCAUAUUCUUCUAGCUGAUUGUGAGUAUGCUAUAUAAUAGGAAUGAAAAGUCUGGUAGAUUGUAUAGAUUUGUGUAGGAAAAUAUACUGAUAGUGUAUUUGUUGAAAUGAUACCUAUAAAGAGUUCCCACAGUAGUUUGUCAUUAUAGCUUAAAUACACAGUAUGCAUUUUAAGUAAAAUAUUUUAAAAGUUUAAAUGAUUCACCACAUUCUUUUUCUCUUACGGAGUGCCUGCACAGGAAAGGGCCUGGUGCAUGGAAUGGUCUUGAACUGCCUAUCUGAUGACGUAGUCAUGUGAUUAGUUUGUAGUUUCAAAGAUACCAGCAAUUUCAUUCUGUAUCUCUGAAAGUGGAAUCAGUGGCAUGUUCUUCUAUAGUGACAUUUUUUUUCUUCUUCCCUAGAGGCACUUAAAAUAAUGGUUUGUCUUAAAUUUGAUGGAAUGUAGUUUUUGAAAAGUUUUUAACUGUUCCUGGCAAGAGUGUAAGAUGCACAGGCCUGAGUUCAUGAAAGAGCACUAGCAGGAUGUCAGGUCUCCUAUCCUGCGCAAGGACUGAAUGUGGAAUUGGGGCAGAGCGGGAGCUUUUGUGCGUUAUAUAUAGUCACCUUAUAAUUUGAAGUGUGAAUGGAUGAUGAACUCUGAAAGGGGUUUUCAAGGGCUCAGCAGAAGGAAUAGCCCUUCUGGCAGGUGGCCAUGUGAGAUUCCCCCAAUUUUUUGUAUCAUUGAGUCAGUGAAACAGUGGUUCAUUCAUACUUAUCAAAUAGGUCUAGUUGAAGCUAUGGCGAUAACACCAAGGCCUUAUCCUCUCAGAGAUCCCAGAGUCACCCUCUUUAUUCCAUAGCUGUGUGCCUGGGUGGCUGUCCAGUUAAGCUCCCCAAGGGAGGCUGUAUAAUCCAUAUGACUACAGCCCAGAUACUGCCCACUUUAUAGAAUGCCUGUAAAUAAGCAAAUUCCUUAUCCUUUUCAUCACAGAGGUGACUACAUCACAGAUAAAUUGCUUUUCCCUUCCCUGAAUUUAAAGUCUGUGAUGUCUGCCAGACUGAACUGACAUGGGCUAUUGACUUGUUCCCAGAGCCCAACUUGGGCUGCCAUGGAAGUAAGAGUGGUUUGCACAUCCAGGAGACUACAGUGGAGGGGCUCCUGCAUGAGGUGUGAGCAGCCAGACAGUGGUGAAGCAGGUGCUGGGGAACCUUGGGAUUGAGAUCUACACUCUGCUGCUCUUAAUGUAGCAUCCCAAGCACCUUAUUGCCCAGCACGGUGCCUUCAUGAGACAGAAAGGAUGCAUCAGCUAGAUGAGGAGUGGACACAACAGACACAGGCACAGUGCUGGCCUGGAGCAUCCUCUUCUCACUCCACAGCCAGGUCAUUACAGUAAGUGGGCACAUUCUGUUUUGGAUGGAGGAGGACCAUUAGGUGAUGAUACCAUGCCCUGAGAGCAGAGGAUCCAUCAGGAAGGGGGUGCCUCGUGGCUGGGGGUGGGCUUUUUCCUGUAAUACAUAGGUCUACUGAAGCCACCCUGAAGAACAGGAACGAGGGAUUAGACCAUCACCCUGUUAGUCAUAUCAUCCGAGAUUUGCAGAUUCCCAAGUGAAAAUUAAUGCUAGAAAAAGCAAACCUAUAAGUUUACUAAGAGCUGCACCACACGUCUGCACAACUGGCAAGCUUAAUGGAAUGUAGAAAUCCAGAUUUCAAAAGAAGUGUAUUGGUUAUAUGAAGUAAGAACAGUUACUCUAAAAGAGGUGGGGGACAGGGCAUGGACACAGCCAAAAACCAGUUAGUGGAUUGUGUGAUAACAGCAAGUGGUUUGCCCAGGAUGCCAGGAAGAAGAGAUGCAUGUGAUAAACAGACUCAGAACACAGUAGACAUAAUACCCGUAUCCUGGAGUUCUUAAGAUAGGAUGGGAAGAAAAUUAUGAAUUAAAAAUUUCUCAAGUUAAAAAAGAAUGAAAUUAAAAAGAGCUUUUGUGUUGCCAAGUGGAAAGAUACAGAAAAGUCUCGGGCCUGUAAAGCAAAAUGGUUUACCUAAAGACUAAUAACUAGAAUACAUGAGGAUAUCCAGCGAAGUAGCAAAAAAAAGGGCAGGGCUUAAAAAAAAAAAAAAAAAAAGGGCAGGGCU